AUGUCUGCGAAAUGGUGGCACCCUUCUGCGUGGGCCCUUCACCCAUCGGCGUCCAGCUUUGGGCCAAACAGUCGAUGGAGCAACGAAGAUAUGGAUCCUGUCCCUCCUCAUAAGCGGACCUGGACGAGCUGGAGUUACGUCGCAUAUUGGGUGUCCGACGCGACGAAUGUCGCCGUGUGGGGGCUCGCGGGGUCUAUGCUUGCAGUUGGGCUUUCGUGGAGACAGGCGUUGCCUGCUAUAGCCCUAGGCCAUAUCAUCAUAUCCGUGGUGAUGGUGUUGAACGGAACAAUUGGCGCGCGCCUUCAUGUCGCCUUCCCGGUCCUCAACCGAUCAUCCUUCGGUUUCUGGUUCAGUUAUUUCAGCAUCAUCAGCCGUAUCGUUCUUGCCAUGUUCUGGUUCGGCAUUCAGACAUACACCGGCUCGGAGUGCCUGUAUCAAAUGCUGAAAGCUAUAUGGCCAAGUGUAGCACGAGUUCCAAACCACUUAUCACCAAACGCCAACAUCACCACAGUCGGCGUCAUGUGCUACUUCCUCUACUGGCUGCUCCAGUUCCCUUUCAUGCUCAUCUCACCCCAGCGGAUCAGAUACUUCUUCAUGGUCAAAUCCAUCGUCGUCCCCAUCUCGUGGAUAGCCAUCCUAGCCUGGAGCAUCCAUAAAGUACCCGUUUCAGUCAGCCUCGAGUCCAAGCACACCUCUUUGCAGGGGAGCGACCUGUCUUGGGCGUGGCUCAGCGCCCUCAACAGCGCCCUCGGCAUCUACUCGACCCUCGCCGUCAAUAUCCCUGAUUUUACGCGUUAUGCUAAAACGGAGAGAUCCCAGUAUAUCCAGAUCGCUAUCAUCCCCACAGUAUUCACGUUCUGCGGGUUUAUCGGGAUCGCUGUUACUUCUGCAGGCGAAGUCUUAUACGGCGAGACGCUAUGGGACCCUACGCAUAUCAUCGACCGCUGGGACAACCGCGCCGCGGCAUUCUUCGCCGCCUUCAGCUUCUGCCUGACCACCAUCGGCACGAACAUCUCUGCGAAUAGCUUGAGCGCCGCGAACGACAUGACGGUCCUGUUCCCCCAGUUCAUCAACAUCCGCAGAGGACAGGUGCUGUGCGCCCUGCUCGGCGGGUGGGCGCUGUGUCCCUGGGAGAUAUUGGCCUCGGCCAGCGGGUUUCUGAAUUUUAUGAACGGGUACACGGUGUUCCUUGGGCCGUUUGCGGGGAUUAUGGUCGCGGAUUACUGGAUCGUUCAUCGCUGCAAAGUGGAUGUCCCUGCCAUGUAUGACCCACAUGGUCGGUAUGCGUAUUGGCACGGAACGAAUUGGCGGGCGGUGUUGGCGCUGCUUCUUUCCGUACCCCCAAGCUUCCCCGGACUCAUCUCGAGUAUCAACCCCGACAUCCAAGUGGGCGCUGUAAGGCAUGUCUUCGACAUAGCCUGGCUAUACGGGUUCUUCAUGUCGUUGAUUGUGUAUAGCGUGACGUCUACGAUAUGGCCGGCCCGGGAAACGUUUGUCGAGAAGAGCAUCUAUGGGUACGAAGACGACGAUGACUUCAGUGUAGCCGAGGGCUCGCUGCCUGAGAAGACUGAUGUCAAAGUGGAUAAAAUCGCUUGA